GUUCCGACAUUUAUCCAUGUAACCUCCAACAUGGCGACGAGAGGCCAUGUGCAAGACCCUAACGACAGAAGACUUAGGCCUAUUUACGAUUACCUUGACAAUGGCAAUAACAAAAUGGCAAUCCAGCAAGCUGACAAACUGCUGAAGAAGCAUAAGGAUCUCCACUGUGCUAAGGUCCUAAAGUCCAUAGGUCUUCAGCGGACAGGGAAGCAAGAUGAGGCCUUCAAUCUGGCACAGGAAGUGGCCACUUUGGAGCCCACUGAUGACAACUCACUACAGGCUCUUACCAUACUCUACAGAGAGAUGCAACGCCGUGAGUAUGCACACACAGUUAUUUUAGCUGUUGAAAAUGUGUGGUUAUACUCUUUCUCUGUCUGCGUAGCUGAGUUGGUUACAAAGCUGUAUGAGGCUGCAGUGAAGAAGGUUCCCCUGAGCGAGGAGUAUCACUCUCACUUAUUCAUGGCCUAUGCUCGAGUGGGGGAGUAUAAGAAGAUGCAACAGGCAGGAAUGACACUCUACAAGAUUGUUCCGAAGAACCCCUAUUACUUCUGGUCUGUAAUGAGCCUGGUGAUGCAGGCAAUCUCAGCACAGGAUGAGAAGCUGGCCCAGACCAUGUUCCUGCCCCUUGCUGAGCGCAUGGUGGAGAAAAUGGUCAAGGAGGACAAGAUUGAGGCUGAGGCAGAGGUACAACUUUACUUUAUGAUCCUGGAGCGCCUGGGGAAGUGUGUGGAAGCUCUAGAGGUAGUAAGGGGUCCACUGGGAGAGAAGCUGACCAGCGAGUUACAGAGCCGAGAGACUAAAUCUAUGAUGCUGUACAAACGACUCCAACAGUGGCCGGAAUGCAAUGCCCUGUCUUAUAAGCUACUACUCAAAAAUCCAGAUGAUUGGCAGUUUUAUCUCUCCUACUUUGACUCUCUCUUCCACCUGAUGGACCAGUCAUGGAGCCCUCCAGAGGAGGGAGACAAUUCUGCGGAGGGUAAAGUGCACUGCUCUAUGGCCGAAGCGGUACGGUUCAUUCAAGAGAGGAUUGCAGUCGAGGACGCUAAACAGUCUCGUCCGCUCAGGGGACCCUAUCUCGCCCGUCUGGAACUCAUACACAGACUUGGAGCAAGGGGCUGUCGUGAGGAGAGCCAGUUAGGUGAUCCCACAGAGCUAAUUGCACAAUUCUUUGGGAAGUUUGGAGACAAACCCUGCUGCAUCACCGACCUUAAAAUAUACCUGCAUCUAAUUCCCCCUGAUCUACACAUACAGUUUAUCAACCGUCUCGGAGAGUUCGUGCCAUUGGGGGAAGCUAGGGAGGAGGGAUUUGCGUUUCCGGGGGAAACACGGGAUCUGCAGAGGCACCAAUGUAUGUUUCAGCUGACCCGUGCACUGGGUGUGCACCACACACUCGACAUACACGGGAAGCUGAGGCUCAUCGCUGAGCUCAAAGCCCACUAUUACCAUGGGCUACAGUUUGGGAAGUCGUGUCUGAAGACGGAGCUGCAGUUCUCUGACAUGUAUUGCCUCAUGGCAGCACAUGUGUACAUUGACAUAUGGACUGAAACAGGCGAUGAGAACAUGGUAUGGCAGUGCCUGGGGCUCUUAGACGAGGGUCUAUCCCACAGCCCUGCAAACGCCCAGUUCAAGCUGCUGCAACUGCUCCUGUUCUGUCGUCUUGGGGCCUUUGAACCCGUGGUAGACCUGUACUCCAGCCUCGACGCCAAGCAUGUGCAGCAUGACACCAUAGGGUAUCUGUUAACUCGUUAUGCUGAGUCGUUGGGUCAAUUUGCCGCUGCCUCCCAGUCCUGUAAUUUCUCCCUCAGGUUUUUCCACUCCAAUCAGAAAGAUACCUCAGAGUACAUUAUCCAGGCGUACAAAUAUGGAGCCUUCGAGAAGAUCCCAGAGUUCAUCGCUUUCCGAAGUCGGCUGAACCAAUCGUUGCACUUCGCUCAGGUCCGCACCGAGAGGAUGCUUCUCGACCUCUACCUAGAGGCUGAUAUCUCAUUGAGUCUGGAGGAUAGUGUGAAGGUCAUGGGCAUGUCACCAGAGGAGGAUGACAUUCCUUGGGACAACAUGAGGGACAACAGAGACCUGACUGUGUUCACCAGCUGGGAACCAAAGGACAGACAAUUGACUGAAGAGCACAAGCGUCUGUCUGUGGAGGAAGAGUCCGUCUGGCUGAGAAUACGAUCUCUCACACUCCGCCUCAUUGCUUCGUUGGCCUUACUUAUACAUGCCCCCUCGCCGAGGAUCUCUGACAAGACCAACGAGAAUGGUGUGAUGGACAAAACCAUGGGCCUCAACCUCUUGUCCCAGCUGGAACAGACUCUACAGGCUGCAGCCCAGAUGGCUGAGAAACCAACACAGUACCCAUUCCUGGGCCCUCCCUCAACUCGCCUGGUGCAGGCACUGUCCAGCGGGAGCUGCCAUUGCCAAGCGGCUGCCCUGCAGCUUUCCGUCAAACUACAGGAGCUGGAGACAGCUGGACUCGACGACUCCUCAGAACUGCAGACCCAGAUCUGUAACAGUUUCAAAUCAUUAGUUGUACAGCUCCAAGAAAUCUUAAAUAAGAGCAAAGGAGAUUUAUUGGAAAUGAAGGACAAUCGGUUAAAAACCAAGCCCUCCUUACUAGAAAACCUUGUCUUCUUUGUUGAGACAAUGUGCUUGACCCUUUGGGUAGCCAGUUACUGUGCCAACAUCCUUCGACCACUGAAAUCCAACCUUCAAAAGAAAAAAAAGAAGAAAAAGGACACAAACACAGCCCUGCCUGCAGUGGUAUGUGGGUUCCAGGAGUUGUCAGGAAGUUUGCAGAGCCUCCUUAUCCAAGCCCUGGAGUACAUCAGAGGGCAGGAGACCAACCUGACAUCCCUCAAACUGGCCGGUCUAACUGUAGAGGACGAUGGGACAUUCAUUAAAGCUGCUAUGGACAAGGUGCUGAGCAGUUACUUGCGCUCGCUGCAAGAGCUGGGAGAUCUACUAAAGAAGAGAGCAGAAACUAUAAAAAGCCUCAAGAUCUGAAAGCUAUUGACCACCAUCCUCCCUAAAAAUGACGACAUCAGAAAGACUCGCAACCAUCAUACUGUAAAUCAAAAAAACGUAGGCACCCAUUUUUCCUGAUCCUUGUCCCUUCAAACACCCUGUUAUUCUUUCCUCUCUAUUCCCACCCAUAUAUCCCUGCUGGGAUACUGAUUCUGUUGUCUGGAUUUUCUCUCACAAGUAUAUGUACAAACACCCACCCUGAGACUAUCACCGCUCUCCCAACACAAAAACAUUGGAACUACAUGGGAUAAAGAAUAAUUCAAUUAUGAGUGGGGAAAAAAGAUCAUAGCUGCUCAACAAAGUUAAAGCGCUGAAAUCCAUAGGAAAAAUAAGUCAACUAUUAAUAAAUUAUUGUACAUAGUCUGCAGAUGAAAUACAACAAUUACUUGACUGAAUAAGAAUAAAAGGACAAGCCACUAUAUCCUCUUAGUCGGUUAGUUUUUAAUUUUGGCCUCUGUUGCUUCCCCCCUGCCUUCCAUUGUUGUGAAUAGAAUGGCUAUCAACCUCACAAAAGACCUGCAGCAAAGGUGGAAACGUUUGUCUGUCCAACUUCUGCUGACCUGGGCAGGGUGUUGCAUUUUUAUUUUAUUUUUACUGAGGCUUCCAUACCAACUGUAUUGACCUGAGGGUUGGACCGUGUAGACUUACAGCAUCUGCACACAUUUUAGACCCAUCACUUCCACCUGGUGGCUGUGAAAUUUGUCUUCAGAUUUUUUCUUUUGUUUGUUUCUUUUUUUAUACUGUUAGAAUCCCCUUAAAGUGAUGUAUUUCAAAUGACAACUAUUUUCAUAAUUUCUACAGACAAAUGCUGGCAAUGGUGUUUGUACCCCCCAUAGACACGAUUUUGAUAGUGAGCAAUCAGGUUAGCCAGUUACCCAGCACAGAUAUGUUAAGAACCUUUUUAUACAGGAUCAGCUUUAAUGGAUGGAUUUUAUCAGCGAUUAAAUGCUAAUAUUACUUUUCACUUGAAUUAGGCUGCAAAUUAUUAUUUAUUUUUUUGGUAAGAAGUGUGCUGCAUUGAUGUCCAUCAACAGUGGAUUUCUCUGUAUGUAGAACACUGGUCAGUACUCGCUUGUGCUAUUUUACCAGGUGUGUUAGUUGCCACAAGCCAAACCUGUGUAUAUAUAUA